UAAGGAAAAGCAGAUCCGUUUUCUUGAAAAUCGGAGUAUCCAUUAUCCACAUACAAAACGGCAAUUUCAAAGCAACCACAUUUAACGUAGCGCUCUCUCCAUCUCGAUCUCGUUUUAGUUGCUUCCUCAAACGUUCAGAUUUGACGUUUACUCCUGAAUCCAAUCAUAUUUUCUGUAUCGAAUGGCUUCGUCGGAGCAGUUAAUGGGCGGGAGCGGGACUAGUGGUCCCCGCUACGUCCAAAUGAAAUCAGAGCCGUCGACGCCGCAGCAGCAUCACCACCACCAACAGCAUCAUCAGUCGAUGUUGUCGUCCUUCUUCACUUUCACUCAGGGCGUCACCCCGGAGGCAACUUGGAUUUUCGACGAGUUGCCCAGGGCUACCAUCGUCUCUGUGUCUAGACCUGAUGCAGGCGAUAUUAGCCCCGUUCUUUUAUCUUACACCAUCGAGUUUCAAUACAAGCAGUUCAAGUGGCAGUUAUUGAAGAAAGCAGCACAAGUUUUCUAUUUACACUUUGCAUUGAAGAGACGAGCCUUUUUUGAAGAAAUUCAUGAGAAGCAGGAGCAUGUUAAAGAAUGGCUUCAAAAUCUAGGAAUAGGAGAUCAUGCGCCAGUGGUGCAUGACGAUGAUGAUCCUGAUGACGAGACUAUACCCUUGCAUAAUGAAGAAAGUGCUAAAAACAGAGACGUUCCAUCAAGUGCCGCCUUGCCAGUUAUACGUCCAGCCUUGGGGAGGCAGCAUUCCAUGUCUGACAGAGCAAAGGUCGCAAUGCAAGAAUAUUUGAAUCACUUUUUAGGAAACUUGGAUAUUGUCAACUCCAGAGAGGUUUGCAAAUUCUUGGAGGUCUCUAAGUUGUCCUUUUUUCCAGAAUAUGGCCCUAAGCUGAAAGAAGACUAUGUUAUGGCAAAACACUUGCCAAAAAUUCCUAGUAAUGAUGAUUCUGGGAAAUGUUGUGCUUGUCAUUGGUUUAGUUGCUGUAAUGACAACUGGCAGCAGGUGUGGGCUGUAUUGAAACCUGGAUUCUUGGCCCUGCUGGCUGAUCCUUUUGAUACAAAACCUUUGGAUAUAAUUGUUUUUGAUGUGCUACCAGCUUCAGAUGGUAGCGGUGAGGGUCCAAUAUCAUUAGCAGUAGAAACAAAGGAACGCAAUCCUCUACGUCAUGCAUUUAAGGUCAUAUGUGGUAAUCGGAGCAUAAAGUUACGAGCCAAGACUGGUGCUAGAGUUAAAGAUUGGGUUGCUGCAAUUAAUGAUGCUGGACUUAGGCCUCCUGAAGGUUGGUGUCAUCCUCAUCGCUUUGGCUCCUUCGCUCCUCCCAGGGGUUUGACUGAAGAUGGUAGUCAGGCUCAAUGGUUUGUCGAUGGUAGGGCAGCUUUUAGUGCCAUUGCUUCAUCAAUCGAGGGUGCUAAAUCAGAGAUAUUUAUUUGUGGCUGGUGGCUGUGCCCAGAACUUUAUCUACGACGUCCGUUUCAUGCCCAUGCAUCCUCUAAGCUUGAUUCUUUGCUGGAAGCCAAGGCUAAGCAAGGAGUUCAGAUUUACAUUCUUCUAUAUAAAGAGGUGGCUCUUGCUCUGAAAAUCAACAGUGUGUAUAGCAAGAAGAAGCUUCUUAGCAUUCAUGAGAAUGUGAGGGUUUUGCGUUAUCCUGACCACUUUUCUAGUGGUGUUUACCUUUGGUCCCACCAUGAAAAACUUGUUAUUGUUGAUCAUCAGAUUUGCUAUAUUGGAGGACUGGAUUUGUGCUUUGGCCGCUAUGACACAGGUGAACACAGAGUGGGUGACUGCCCUCCUCUUGUGUGGCCUGGAAAGGAUUAUUAUAAUCCAAGGGAAUCUGAACCUAAUUCAUGGGAAGAUACAAUGAAAGAUGAACUGGAUCGUGGAAAAUAUCCUCGAAUGCCUUGGCAUGAUGUCCACUGUGCCCUAUGGGGACCACCAUGUCGUGAUAUAGCUAGGCAUUUCGUGCAGCGUUGGAACUAUGCAAAGAGAAAUAAAGCUCUUUAUGAGGAAGCAAUCCCACUGCUUAUGCCUCAGCAGCACAUGGUUAUUCCACACUAUGGGGGAAACAGCAAAGAGUUGGAGGUUGAAAAUAAGAAUCUUGAAGAUAAUUGUAAGGGAAUUAAAAGGCAGGAUUCAUUUUCCUCUAGAUCAUCUUUACAAGAUAUCCCUCUACUUUUACCUCAAGAAGCUGAAGGACCAGAUGUUUCUGAUGGAUGCUCAAAAUUAAAUGGGUUAGACUCCACUCCUGGCAGAAGUCUCUCUCUUGCCUUUCGGAAAUCCAAAGUUGAACCUGUAGUUCAAGAUAUGCCAAUGAAAGGCUUUGUGGAUGACCAUGGUAUCUUGGAUCUUCAUGUGAAAAUGUCUUUAGAUCUAUUGCCACAUACUGGCACCAAAACCUCAGAUUUAGAGUGGUGGGAAACACAAGAGCGGGGAUAUCAGGUUGGCUUAGGAGACGAAACUGGGCAAGUUGGUCCACGUACUUCUUGCCGUUGUCAGGUCAUAAGGAGUGUGAGCCAGUGGUCUGCUGGAACAAGCCAAAUUGAGGAGAGUAUUCACUGUGCCUAUUGUUCUCUCAUUGAGAAAGCAGAGCACUUUAUAUAUAUUGAGAAUCAAUUUUUUAUAUCAGGUCUUUCAGGAGAUGAAACUAUACGGAAUCGUGUUUUAGAAUCAUUAUAUCGUCGUAUUAUGCGAGCAUACAAUGAGAAGAAGUGUUUCAGGGUUAUUGUUGUUAUACCUCUGAUUCCUGGUUUCCAGGGGGGCCUGGAUGAUAGUGGUGCUGCAUCUGUGAGAGCGAUAAUGCAUUGGCAAUAUCGAACAAUUUGCAGAGGACAGAAUUCAAUAUUGCAUAAUCUUUAUGAUGUUCUUGGUACAAAAACACAUGAUUACAUUUCUUUUUAUGGUCUUAGAGCCUAUGGUCGACUUUUUGAUGGUGGUCCAAUAGCCACCAGUCAGGUGUAUGUGCAUAGUAAAAUCAUGAUGAUUGAUGACUCUGCAACCUUGAUUGGAUCUGCCAAUAUCAAUGAUAGGAGUUUGCUUGGUUCACGAGAUUCAGAGAUUGGUGUACUUAUUGAAGACAAAGAGUUGGUUGACUCAUCAAUGGGAGGAAAGCCUUGGAAAGCUGGAAAAUUUUCUUUGAGUCUUCGCCUUUCAUUGUGGUCCGAACACCUUGGUCUUCAAGCCAAAGAGAUCAAUCAAAUAAUGGACCCAGUAAUCGAUUCAACUUACAAUGACAUGUGGGUUGCAACUGCAAAGAAAAAUACCACCAUCUACCAGGAUGUCUUUUCUUGCAUUCCCAGUGAUCUUAUACAUUCCAGAUCUGCACUUAGACAAAGCAUGGCCUUUUGGAAAGGUAGAAUUGGUCACACUACCAUUGAUUUAGGAAUAGCCCCAGAAAAGUUUGAAUCUUGCCAAAAUGGAGACAUAAAAAAAAUUGAUCCCAUGGAAAGAUUGCAAGCGGUCCGUGGAUAUCUUGUUUCUUUGCCUUUGGAUUUCAUGCGCAAGGAAGAUCUAAGACCUGUAUUUAAUGAGAGCGAAUAUUAUGCUUCUCAAGUGUUUUAUUAGUCGUAUAGUAGAUGAAGGUCAUCUCAAUUAUGGAGCAACAGCCCAAAUAUUUUUCAUCCUUGGGUAAAUGCUGUUGUUGCCAAGGUCAGUCUACCAUCUGGUGGUAAGCAAUGGGACAUGACUGACAGUAUUAUGCAAAAGUUAGGUUAAAUUGCAGUUUUUUUUUUAUUAUUUUUUUUUUCAAACGAAGUUGCAAAUAUAAUUGAAGGAGAGGAAAAGGAAAAUGGAAAAAGAAAGAGUUGGGGGCUCUAUUUAUGAUGGCCUCUUGGCGAAUGUAAUAUGAACAGUACACUGUUGUACCAAAUUCAUGAUCUACCUUCUUAGGUAAUAAUGCUUCACAAGCGUCCUAUUCUUUUA